UUUUAUGCUGCGUUGUGACAGUUUUUGUACAGCAUUAUCUCCCUUCCAAAAUCAGCGAGCUCCUUAAAAAAACACUAUUCGUGCAUCGGCUGUGGGCAAUUAACCUUUUAUUUUUAAACAGGAGUUGUUUGUAAGCAGGUAGUUUGCUGAUGUCGAUCUACAUCCAAUAAGUUACACGUAGCAUUCAACCAGGGCACCAUGAAGGACGACAUCAUCUAUCUGGUGCUGCUCGGGUCUUGCAUCGGAUUUGGACAGUUCUACAAAAAGUUCCAUGACAAAGAACAGAAAAAAUGGAUCGGCACCGGUUUUGGGCUACUGGUGAUUCUUUCCGUUUCCGGUUUCCACACUCUGCACAUGUUGUUCUGUUAUCUAGUCACUUCCCUUAUCAUUAUCUUCGCUAACCGAAAAUCGUGUCAUCUCAUUGCUUUCGGCUUCAUGUUCGGAUACUUAUUUUUCUUCCGUUCGAUGACGUACUUGGGAUUCGAAGCACCGCCUGGCCAUGCCAAUAUGAUUAUAAUGAUUUUGACUUUGAAACUGGUCGGGUUGGCGUUCGAAGUCAACUCAGCAUUUCAGAAAUCUAAAGGUCUUGGACAAGUAUCCAAAAAGGAUGAUAGCUCACCGCAAGCGAUCGAAGAACCAUUGACGGAAAACGAGAAGGCUUUACUCAAAAUCGACAUGCUCGAUGUGCUGCAUUAUGCGUUCAACUAUGUGGGCGUUCUGACUGGGCCAUACUAUACCUUCAAGACUUAUCGGGAUGCCAUAUAUCUUCCGUUCAGUACCAAAGCGGAUUGCGUUGGUGUCACUUUGGAAAAGUUAAAAGUGAUCCCUCUUUACGCGGGAUUAUUUCUACUCGUUUCGUACAUUUGGCCACUUGAUUACGCCACAUCUACCGAAUUUUAUGAAGAGCGAUCAUUCUUCUACCGACUGAUGUACACCUGGCCCACGUUCUUCAUUUUCCGGAUGCGUAUCUACACCGGUAUUCUGCUGAGCGAGUGUGUCUGCACCAUGGCAGGUUUCGGGGCUUAUCCGAAGAUUUGCCAGAACAAGAGCGGCCAUGGACCCGCUAAGGAUUGCACUGCUUACGUUAGCAGCGACCUCGACGCUCAGGAAUACGACUUCGAAACGGUGCGUAACAUCGACGUGAUCAAUACGGAAAAAUGCUGGACCUUCCGGGAGGCCAUGAAGUACUGGAACAUGUGUGUACAGUACUGGAUGGCCAUGUACGUGUACAAGCGCUUCCCGAGCAAAGCUUAUCGCACCCUGGCCACCUUGGUAGUUUCGGCCAUCUGGCACGGAGUGUAUGCCGGUUACUACUUCUGUAUCUGUGGAGCCCCGUUCUAUCUACCGAUCGAGGAUCUUUACGUGAAACUGUUCAUCAAGGAUGCGACCGGUACCAAGCGUCGGGUUCUGAACGUCAUUUGCUGGUUCAUGAAGUUCUUCUCGUUGGGAUAUCUGGGAACAGCUUUCCUGUUGCUGACGAUCGGCAAAAUAUGGUACUACUACAAUUCGGUGUACCAUUUUGGGUACGUUCUGUGGAUCGUUCUUUACGGGGUUGGUGUACUUAUUGCAAAAAAUAGAAAAGCUCAAACCAAACGUGCCGACAAAGAGCAAAAAGUUAACUAAGGCUUCGGGUUUGUUUCUUUUUCGUAGCAGUUUGAAAGUAGAUAAUACUCUAUUGAUUGCAUAUUAAAAGUGAAUUUUUGGUAAACAUUUGAGACUUAUUCUAUAUAUAGUUUGCAGCCAAGUUAAAAGUUGAAAAAGGAUAGAUGUCAUUGUAGGUUCGGACAAAUCUAUAUUAAAAAUAGUACAAGUAAUAUGGGUUGAAAUAUGUAGUACCAAAGCAUCUCGAAAUCAUUUAGAAUAUUAAGGCAACUUUAUUUUGAAGGUAUAAAUAUAUUUUGUUUCCAGAUU